UCGAACAUGUUCUUAUUUUGUAGAGCUGUCCUAUCUCGCCGUUUUCGAUCCUUUAAGGAUAUUUAGUUUUCAUUUAUGUAAUUUUAGUUUAACUUAUAACACGCACAAAUGUGAAUCACACUUCACGACAGCCUGCGUGUUGCCUGAUGUUUUGAACUGGCUGCACAUAAACAAACUGCCAACGUUGUCGAGUCAGGGGGUUACCUUUUUAUUACUACAGAGUCAUAGUUUUGCAUGGCAUAUAUUAUAGACGUCGGCAAGACGGAUCCCUCGGGAAAUGUACUCCAUAGUGGAGCUCAAAGGUGUAAAGUGUGGAUAUCGCUGUGGCUACUGUGGGAAUGCAGGAGGUAAAGCUUCAUAUGGCAUGUGGUCCCAUACUAUGACAGUGCAGGACUACCAAGAUCUCAUCGACAGAGGCUGGAGAAGAAGUGGCAAAUAUGUUUACAAACCUAUUAUGAAUAAGACAUGCUGUCCACAGUACACCAUCAGGUGCCAUGCUUUGAACUUCCAUCCAUCGAAGACUCACAAAAAGACCUUGAAGAAGGUGAACAGGUUCCUCUCCAAAGGAGAGAUGCCAGUUGAGAAGCAUGAUGAAGGACAUGAAGGAGAGCCUAUGGACUCUGUGCAUGAAGAGGGUGUUCAACCACCUCCUCAAGACCCUCUGAAAAUAGACCACAGUGAAGUACAGGACAUCAGUACCAGCCCAGACACAGACACCACCAACUCAACUGCACCAACAACGCCCAGAGACGACGCAGCACCCACCCCAGCAGAGAAAACCACUAAUGUUACUCCCAAACCAGGUAAGGGAGCCGAUCCCAACAGGCCUUUGUGCCGGAAAGCUAAGGACCUCAGGAAAGAGAGACGGCUUCAAAAGGAGCAACAGAAGCAGCAAGAAGCAGUGUCUUCCUCUGUGAAUCCCGCCCCAUCAAAAUCUUCAUCUAAUCAGCCCAAAUCAUUGGAGGAAUUCAUUACCGAGUCCUUACCCAGUGACCCUCUGCACCGUUUAGAGGUGAGGCUAGUGCCGGUCAGCUUUGAGGACCCGGACUUCCUGGCAUCGUAUGAGCAGUCAGCGGCGCUGUAUGCACGCUACCAGAUGACCGUUCACGGCGACGCUCCGUACGAGUGCGGGGAGAGCGAGUUCAAGAGGUUCCUCUGUGACUCUCCUUUAGAGGCUGAGACCGCUGCUGAUGGUCCUGAUGUGGGCUAUGGCUCGUUCCAUCAGCAGUAUUGGUUGGAUGGCAGAAUAGUAGCUGUAGGAGUUCUGGACAUCCUGCCCUCCUGUGUGUCGUCUGUGUACCUCUACUAUCACCCCGACUUCUCCUCGCUCUCACUGGGCACCUACUCUGCUCUCAGGGAGAUUGCCUUCACCAAGCAGUUGCAGCAGCAGUCGCCCAAACUCGCCUACUACUAUCUGGGUUUCUACGUCCAUUCGUGUCCCAAGAUGCGCUAUAAGGGUCAGUACCAGCCUUCAGACCUCCUGUGCCCUGAAACGUACACUUGGAUGCCCAUCGAGAGAUGCAUUCCCCGCCUUGAUAUCUCUGCUUACUCUCGUCUCAGUGAGAACGCCCAAGCAGGUGACGCUCGCGCGCUGAAGGAACUGGGCAGGGUGUUAGUGCUCUACAGGAGGACAGUGAUGCCCUAUGCGGCCUACGCUCGUAAGCGGAAGGGUUUGAACGACGAGAAGGAAGUGGAGCAGUACGCUAGUCUGGUGGGCCAGAUGUGUGCAGAGAGAAUCCUGCUCUACAGAGCCUAGAGCCCCUUCAUACCUUACAACUCUCUUUCUCUCUGUUUGUCUUUCAAAACAUGUAAGAGUUUGUCCUCUGGUACACUUGUCUGUUUAUUGUCUUCCUGAUUGUUUAUUUGUCUGCUUUUCAUCUUUUUUGUCUUCCAGAAGUCUUUUCCCCAUCUGUGUGUACAGUUUUGUUCUUUUUUUUGUACUGCUGUGCAUUGCUUCACUCACCCAGUCUUUCGUAAUCUCUUUGAACUCUACUUUUAUAUUUUCUGGCCAGCAGCGCUUUGUAAUAAUCACACUCGCACACAUGCAACACGCAGCCACGCAUGUGUUAUCUCAUAGUGUAUCCCAAAAUAUUACCCAUUUACAACUCACCAAUCACAUCUUAACUAGCCGUAUAACAAGAAAUGAUGAGCGAUAGGGCAACCCCUCCAUUCUGAAUCUGUUUGGCUGGGUAUCUCCAGACCGUCGUGACCCUGAACCCUUUGGCCUUUGGUGACGUAGAUCACUGCUUUCCCAGUGUCCUGAUGUUUCUGUUCUUCUGAAGUGACUAAUACUAUCCAAAGCAGGUGCUGUGACACAUUGUACGUCAUACGAUGAAAGAUGUGUUUGACUUUGCUGGAGAGUCGAAUCGAUCCAUUUUCCUGUUCUUUUCUCGCUUUGUCUUUCGGUUGAAGUAAUAGCUCGAGUGCUUUUAUUUGAAUAUUAUUGUUUUGUUUCAAACUAAAUAAAAAAAUAAAAAAAGAUAUAAUCUGCUGGUGUGG